AGAUGCUGUCGGACAGCAAUGUCGUCUCAUGGAUGAGAUAUCGACUGGGUUGGACAGCUCAACGACGUUCCAGAUUGUAAAUUCAUUGGGGCAAUACGUUCACAUUCUUAAUGGAACUGCUGUCAUCUCUCUACUCCACCCAGCACCUGAAACCUAUGAUCUUUUCGAUGACAUUAUAUUGAUUUCUGAUGGUCAGAUUGUAUACCAGGGUCCUCGCGAAUACGUGCUGGAAUUCUUCAAAUCCAUGGGAUUUGAAUGUCCUGCAAGGAAAGGCGUUGCUGAUUUCUUGCAAGAAGUGACAUCGAGGAAAGAUCAGAUGCAAUAUUGGGCACGCAGAGAUGAACCUUACAGGUUUAUCACUGUCACUGAGUUUGUCGAGGCAUUCCAAUUGUUCCAUGUGGGACAGAGACUUGGAGAUGAGCUUGGAACUCCAUUUGACAGUGCUAAAAAUCACCCAGCUGCUUUGACAACUGAAAAGUAUGGUGUCAACAAGAAAGAAUUGGUUAAAGCUAGCUUCUCCAGAGAAUACUUGCUGAUGAAGAGAAACUCCUUUGUUUAUAUCUUUAAGUUCAUCCAACUUUCAGUAAUGGCAAUAAUCACAAUGACACUGUUUCCACGGACUAAGAUGCACAAGCAUUCGAUAAUCGAUGGAGGAAUCUAUACAGGUGCCUUGUUCUUCGCUGUGAAUAUGAUAAUGUUUAAUGGAAUAUCUGAGCUUUCAAUGACCAUAGCAAAGCUUCCUGUGUUCUACAAGCAACGAGACCUCCUCUUCUAUCCAGCAUGGUCAUAUGCUCUUCCUCAAUGGAUUCUGAAAAUCCCAAUUAUGUUCAUAGAAGUUGGGCUCUGGGUUUUCUUCACCUAUUAUGUCAUUGGAUUUGAUCCUAAUGCAGGAAGGUUGUUUAAGCAGUUCUUUCUCCUCUUCCUUGUCAACCAAAUGGCUUCUGCAUUGUUCAGAUCAAUUGCAGCUACAGGAAGAACCUUGGUUGUUGCUAAUACAUUUGGCUCAUUGGCUCUCCUCAUACUUUUUGCAUUGGGUGGUGUUGUUUUAUCUCAUGAUAGUGUUAAAAAAUGGUGGUUAUGGGGUUACUGGACAUCACCUAUGAUGUAUGCACAAAAUGCCAUUAUGGUUAAUGAGUUCCUUGGAAAUAGCUGGAGACAUCUUCUUCCUCAUUCCAACGUAUCGUUGGGAGUUGCAGUGCUCAAGUCCCGUGGAUUCUUCCCACAUGCAUAUUGGUAUUGGUUGGGAGCCGGAGCACUAUUUGGAUUCGUAUUAUUAUUCAACUUUUGGUUCAUUUUGGCUCUCACUUUCCUAAACCCGGUUGGGAAGCAUCAGGCUAUUAUGGCAGAGGAAUCUGAAACUACUGAACAUGAUAACAUAACAGGAGGAUCACAUGGAACUCUCCAGAGCAAUACAGAGGGAGGAGAUGAGAGCAUUAGGAGAAGAAUGGAAAUAGGUUCUCAGUCACAAGGUAACAUGAAGAAGGGAAUGGUGCUUCCAUUUGUGCCACAUUCUAUUACCUUUGAUGAAAUUACAUACUCCGUUGACAUGCCCCAGGAAAUGAAAGCUCAGGGUGUUGAAGGAGAUAGAUUGGUCCUGUUGAAGGGUGUUAGUGGUGCAUUCAGGCCAGGCAUUCUGACGGCUCUGAUGGGUGUUAGUGGUGCCGGAAAAACCACUUUAAUGGAUGUUUUGGCAGGGAGGAAAACUGGUGGAUAUAUAGACGGGAACAUAACAGUUUCAGGCUAUCCCAAAAAGCAAGAAACAUUUGCUCGAAUAUUCGGGUAUUGUGAACAGAAUGAUAUUCACUCUCCUAAUCUCACUGUCUCCGAGUCCUUGGUCUACUCAGCCUGGCUUCGAUUAAACUCUGAUAUUGAUGCUGAAACCAGAAAGAGAUUUGUUGAACAAGUGAUGGAGCUAGUGGAACUUAACCCACUAAGGAAAGCACUUGUCGGGUUGCCCGGCAUAAGUGGCUUGUCAACAGAACAGCGUAAGAGGGUCACGAUUGCGGUAGAGUUAGUGGCAAAUCCAUCUGUAAUCUUCAUGGAUGAGCCAACUUCAGGGCUUGAUGCAAGAGCUGCUGCAGUAGUUAUGCGGACCGUUAGGAACACUGUGGACACAGGAAGAACAGUUGUUUGCACCAUCCACCAGCCAAGCAUUGAUAUUUUCGAAGCUUUUGACGAGCUAUUCCUAUUGAGAAGAGGAGGGCAAGAGAUCUAUUUUGGGCCUCUGGGUCAAAAUUCUUCUCAUCUAAUCAAGUAUUUUGAGGAAAUUCAAGGAAUAAGUAAAAUUAAAGAUGGGUAUAAUCCAGCAACAUGGAUGUUGGAAGUUACAACUACUGCUCAAGAAAUGGCUUUGAAUGUUGAUUUCAAUGAAAUGUACAGAAAUUCAGAACUCUACAGGGGAAACAAAGCACUGAUCCAAGAUCUAAGCACACCUGCUCUUGGUUCAAGAGAACUCUACUUUCCCACCCACUACUCACAGCCAUUUCUAAUCCAAUGUGCUGCUUGUUUAUGGAAACAACACUGGUCGUAUUGGCGGAAUCCAUCUUACACUGCAGUUCGAUUUCUCUUCACAGUUGGCAUAGCCUUGUUGUUUGGUUCUAUGUUCUGGAAUCUUGGGACUAAAAUGAACAAGCAACUGGAUUUGUUGAAUGCAGUGGGUUCAAUGUAUGCUGCUGUUCUCUUCCUUGGUGUCCAGAAUGCCUCGUCUGUGCAGCCUGUUGUCGAUAUAGAGAGGACUGUGUUUUAUAGAGAAAGAGCUACUGGAAUGUAUUCGGCAAUGCCAUACGCCUUUGCACAAGUUCUAAUUGAAGUCCCCUACAUCUUGGUUCAAGUUGUGGUAUAUGGUGUGAUAGUUUAUGCCAUGAUUCAAUUUGAAUGGACAGCUGCCAAGUUCUUCUGGUACCUGUUCUUCAUGUUCUUCACCUUAUUCUACUUCACAUUGUAUGGCAUGAUGGCUGUGGCUAUCACCCCAAAUUUCCACAUUGCAUCCGUCAUUUCUUCUGGUUUUUAUGGAAUAUGGAAUCUGUUUUCAGGAUUCAUAAUACCGCGACCUCGAAUCCCGGGAUGGUGGAGAUGGUACUACUGGGUGUGUCCGGUAUCUUGGACGUUGUAUGGAUUGAUUGCAUCACAAUUUGGAGAUAUAAAGAAGGAGAUAGAGACAGGGGAAACAGUGGAGGAGUUCUUGAGAAGUUACUUUGGAAUCAGGCAUGAUUUUGUCGGAGAAAGUGCAGUAGUAAUUGUUGCCUUUCCAGUACUCUUUGCUUUCAUCUUUGCCUUCUCCGUAAAAUCCUUUAAUUUUCAGAAGAGAUAAUCUUUUGUAAUGUUCAAACGACCAUCUUAUGUAAUAACCCAAGCACAAUAAAUGAGGAGUAUCACUUUUAUCUCAUAUAA